UAGUAACCGGCCGGAAUAGUAGCUUUGUAGCGCUAAUGGUGAAUGUGUGAAUAUGGGAAAAAGCGGGUUGUGUGUUAACUAAAGCAAAGAGAAACAGUUGAUUGCACGCGGCCGUAUGUACGUAUGUUUGUAUGCAUGCAUAUGUACAUUCGCCUUAGUACGGCUUUAAGAUAAAUAAAUCUGUGUGAAUGUGUAUCUUGAGCUAUAGAUUUUUACCAACAAAGCGAAAUCUGUGAUUUAUGUGUGAAUGCCAGAAAAUUCAAUAACGCCUUCUUUUUGAUUUUAUUUCAUAUAUGAAAGAUAUAAAAAUUACUUUAGAUAUUCGCAAUCAUUCUGGGCCCUUAGCAACCGCUUUUUGCUACAGAAAAAAUGCAACGGAAAACAAUCACAAAAGUUUUGAAAGAGUAAAGAAACAUUAAUCAAAGCUUUGCAAACGAGAUAGGAGAGAAUCUCUCUCGUUAGCUGAAUAAAAACGUACAAAAAAUCAAAAUUACAGCGUGGGGUCCUGCAGUAAAACUACUAUCAAAACCAAAUCUAUAUAUGUGAGUAACUAAAAAUGCUCGCAUAUAUGCAUUAAGUUAUACAUGGCUUUAAUUCGAAUAUUCUUCGACUCUAAUUUUUGGAAAUCUCCUCUAAGAACCUUCGAGUAGAAAAUUUUAUGAAGAACACAAAAUUUUAGAAAUCUUUCAAAAAACUCGUCCUGCAAACUUCAUCUUAUUAAAUUGUUGACGAUUCUCUGCAUCCUUCUAGGUGAGAAUAUAGAUGAAAAAAAUAAAUGAAUAAAUAAAUAAAUAAAUAAAUAAAACAAGAAAAACGAAAGAAAAAAAAGGAAGGAAGAAAGAAAUGUUGUGCAAAGUAAAUGAAUUUUAUGCACACACACAGAUAUAGAGUCAAAAGUAAAUUGAGACUAACCCGGCCGUACUCUCUUUGUUUCGUACAAACAAAGCCGUCAUCACGUUACCAUCAAGCACGUCAACUGAAGCUGCUGCUGAAGCAACUUCUAUAAAUCAAUGUAAACAUAGCAAUCCCAUCACGAAUUAUAAUGCAGCGACCCCAUCAUCACAUUCAUCACAUUUGACGUCUGAUUCCGUUACUUCAUCGGUUAUCCCUACAGGUCCGAUCAUCGCAACCAAUUCGAUUCAUUUCGAUUCGUCCAACUCUACUGUCACCACUACACCAGCGAACCGUUCAUCCGAUUUGGUCGGCAUCGAUCAAAUCUUUGCUUCACUACUAAUGAAAAUGGAAGUGCUAUCAUUACAAAAUCAUCACAUACAUCAACAGCAGUUUGGUGUUAUUGGUUCAGCGAAGGUCAAAGAUUGGACAGGCUCUCUUUCACCACCACCAGAAACCCAACUGUCGAAUUUAGCAGCUUCUGGAAUUAAAGAGGAUAAGAGCGCGCCCACUGAAUUUGUAGACGUUGUUGAUGGUAUUGAAUCUCAACAUAACCAUUCCCUUCGUCCCCAAGUACACCAACAAUUGCAAUCUACCACCAUGGAAACUUCAACCACUCCAACACACAUUAAGUCCGCAAACAAUGCUAUUUACACAUACAACAAUAAUCUACUGCAUUGUUCACCACAUACAAGCACAACAAACACGGCAAUGUCAUCAAUGUAUCCGUCAGCUUUGACGCCAUCGCCAACCUCAUCGAAUUUGUCAACACCCACCGAAGCCACUGAACACUUUGGCAUUGCACAUUCUAAUGAUAUUGAUGCAGCUGCUGUAAAUGAACUUUCGCAGCGUUUACAGGCAGAAUUACGAGCUGCUAAAAGCCGUCAUUUGUCUUGCACGGAAGUGUCGUUACCAUGGGACUUAACACCACGUAUAGCAGCCGAAAUGAUAAAGACCUCAGAGAGAGAACCAUGUGGUGUUAAAGGAUGCGCAAUAUUCAUUGAUUUUGCAGAUGAUACGGGCAAUGUCAGACGUAUUGCAGCUUUUAAAGUCGAUCCCAGUACCGUUUCCACCUUUGAAUUAUACUUAACCUUGAAACAAGAUAAAGGUGGCUGGACUUCAAUAUUACCACAAUUUAUUAAAAAUCUAACACGCAGCAACACCAUAUUAAUUAGUCCACACUUUACAUUAAGUAAACAUAAAAUUUAUGCCUGUGAGUAAAUGGAAAAUCUACCUAAAACGUACAAAUUAUAUAAAGAAAAUAAUAAUAAUAAUAAUAAUAACAAUAAUAAUAAAACAACAUAAAAAUAUAAUUUAAAAUAAUUAGCAUCGUUGACCACAUAAAGAAAGGGACGCAAGCAUGGAGGAAAAACAAACAGCGUGUCAAUUGUGCUUAGGAGAAAAUUUUUAAAAAAGAACGACAACAACAACAACAACAGCAACAACAAAUAGUAAUCCCUCCGAUUAAGCAAAAAUAAUGAUAUAAACAACAUGAAGUGAAAGUAAAUAUGAAUGUAAUUACAUUAGUUAGUAUUCUGCUUAAAUAUUUUAACAAUAUGUAUGUGACAUAUUCACACAUAUACCGACGAUUAAAUGAUAUAUCAUAAUAAGGUCGAAUAACAAAUGAAAAAAGAGACAAGCGAAACAAGUAAGAAAAUUUUAUUCAUCUUAAAACGAAGGUUUAAUACACCUACCACUUCAAACUAAAUCAUUCAGUUGAUCCAUUCGAGCAUUGAUUUUCCAUUGCAUUUAAUAAAUUUCUGUGUAUUAUUGGCAGACUAUGCCCACUCCCAAGACGACGGACUCACAAAAGCGAUUAAAUCGACACAACUUGCGCCAAUGAAGUGCGCUUAUAGAUUAUAGGGUUUCUGAUUCGUGUUACUGAGUCUCACAGGCGAAAGGACAAAUCCAAUAAAGAUAUUUAUUUCACUAUGAAAAACAUUCCGGAUGCCAACAAGCAGCUUUGUCACUCCACCUUUUCUUUUUUUUUUUUUUUCUUUUUUUUUAAGACUUCACGUUAUAGUUCGCUUAGUGCGUGUACCAAUUUAAAGCCAAAAUCCUAUUUAUAGAUUAUAAAUGGAUAACAAUAGUUUUCCUUUUAUAAACUUUUUCGGAAAGUUUUAGCUGUUAUCUGUGCCAUUAUGACCUUUCAAUACGCGUAAUUAUUAAAUGGGUAUGAACCUCCUUUAAAACGGAUAUAAAAGCAAAGUUCUAAGUAAAUUCCAAGUUGCAAUGCCACACAUAUAGAUUUAUGUACACACUCAGUUAUAUAUAUAUACAUACAUAUGUAUUGAAUAAAUAGCCAACUGGACGAUAAACUCAUCGUAGUUUUUUCGAUGAUAAUUUUUUUUUUUUUUUUUUUUACAUAUCAUGUGGAACUCAAGCUUAUUUAGCUUCUUAAACAAAAAGGAGUUUGCCCAACUUUACUGACAUUUGAAGAGAUCUCUUGUAGCAAGGACAGGCAGUGGGGCUGUAUUUCGUUUUGGUUACGGCUCUUCUACCACGAUGAGGAAUAGUUCAUCUUAUAUAGAAGCAUUUGUCCGAAGCAUUUUCGACAAACAAACACAGAUUUGACCUUUGAAAAUGUGCUUAAUCCAAGCAUUUCUUUUUAGACUACAUAGUAAUAAAGGUAAUAAAGAGGAUUUAAAAGUGGAAUGAGACUGCAUUACAAGGUAUUGGAUCUACACUGAAUCCAAAGUUACUUUGAUAGGAUUGUUCUGAGUUCAUUCUUUAUCUAAACCAGUACUUACCAGACGGUGCGGUCGUGAUUACCGUACAGUUUUGUAUCGACUUGCCUUCCGUAUAAGUUUAAAGCGUAUUUCUGACGACAGUUCAAGUUUCAAAAAAAUGCUCGGCCCGCAUUAAGUAACCGCUAACAAUUCUCAAAUACAAUCACAAUAGUAAAUGUUGACUCGAUAAAAAUUCACCUUUAAAUAUUUCAUGGGGCCAUUCAAUAUUUAUGCAUAUAAUUUGAAGUGGUCGAUAUAAGAGAUUCGCAAAAAAGCGAAUAUUACCCCUUUUUUUACUUGUUGCUUGUAAUAUUUAUAAAGAUAUUAAAAAAAUAUUAGCGACAAAAAACGAAUUUUAAAAGUAAGCAAAAUCAAAUAAAUGUGUAUUCGUUAAGUUUUCAAAUACUUCUACAUGCAAAUAUAAAGUGAUGAUAGUGAUGAUGAUUACGAUAAUGAUAAUGAUAAUGAUAAUGGUGAUACAAAAUAAAUAUUAAAAAAAAUCAUAUUUAACGUAGUUGAUAAUAUACCUUAAUAAUACAUACAAGACGUAAGCGAAUGAUGCAAUUAAAUUAAAUUAACAAAAAGUAAACAAACAGAACAAAAGUUUAUGUG